ACAGUCUAUUCUUACUCUGUAUCGGCAUUCAAUUUGGGGUUUAAAACCAGUUUAGUCCCCGUGAAAGGAGCUUUUCUGUCAUUGCAGAAUGCAGACAAUGUUAAAGUAGCAGCGUGUGAGACGUGUGAGGAAUAUUCCGAAUUUUAUUGCAGAUCGAAAAGUAUCGAAGCUUAACUUGCCCAAAAAUAUUAUCUGCACACAUCGUAAUCUGAUUAUCAAGGUAUACGAAAUUCUUUCCAAAUGAUGUUAAGGUUGCCGCGUGUGGCAUAAUCGCAGAGAGGGCUCGUGCAGUUGCGGAGGCAUAAGAAUACUGUGAUGGAACCAAACCCUCUGAGUAUUAUCCUCGUCAAAAGCGACAGUAAGGGCGAUCGCUUACUGUUCCGUUAUCCAUACGCUGCAGACGCUCGCAAUGAAGCGGGGCACCAGAGCCGACGCCGAAACCCGUAUGCCUUGACAAUAACUGAGGACCUGCUGCAGACACCUCCUCCGCAGACUUCGAACAUCUGCAAGGGUCACCUCACUGGCUUCUCGGAUGAGGUUCUCUCUACGUUGUUUGCGGUGAAGCCAGAACUGUGUGAACGCAAGUUUGAGCUGAAGGUGAAUGAUGUGCGUUUCGUGGGGCACCCUACCCUGCUCAGCGAUUCGAUCAUCCUGACCAACAUCGUGUUUGCACUCCAUGCCACGGCCAGCCACUCCAUCGUCAAAUGCUACUACGACCUCAGCAAGCGACUUGGCGUCGCACUUCGGCAUGAAGAGCGGCGCUGCGGCUACCUCAGCCAGGAGACGAAGACCAUGGUCAUGGCUCAUGAUGAAGUGUCAGCCAGGCCAGAGGGGGAGAAGGCAGAUGACGCAGACACUCCGUUUGACCUGAUUUUGCAGCGUAGCACUCUGGCACGCAACUUGAAGUCUGUGUAUGACGACCUGAUCUCAACGGGGCUUGUGCACGUACGUGUCAACAGGUGGAUCGAAGUGAGUUUCUGCCUACCACAGAAAGUGCACCAAUUCUACAAGAAGGACUUCAUCAUUGAACCUGAGUCUAUACACAGGUGUCUCCAGUCACUGCGUCCAUACCACGGACUGCUGCUGCUGGUGGAGUCGAACGAGCUGUUGGAUCACAUGCACCCUGAUGCCUCACCUGCUCUGGUGCGCCUCAUUCGCAUGUAUAGCCCCCUCAAGAGCUUGCAGACGUUGGCUGCAGAUGCUGACCUGACAUUGUCCCAGAUGUUCCAGUUGGCUGGCCACCUCUUGUACUGGGCUAAGGCAACUGUGAUCUAUCCUUUAUGUGAGAGCAAUGUGUAUGUCAUUGCCCCAGAUGCGCCAACACAUGUAAAUUCUCCCCUCACGGAACGAUUCUCAGAGCACUUUCCAGGCAUGAACCUUUUGCAGGUGAUGAGUGACUUCUCGCUGCCAACUUCCAUCAGCCAGAAGAUGAACCCUCUGAACCACCCGCAGCAUCAGAAGCAGCUUGUGCAGAUGAUAGUGUGGAUGCUGCAACAUCGAUUGUUACUGCAGCUGCACACUUAUGUGUACUUCAUGCCGACUGCCAGCGGGCCCAGUCUGCCUCAGGAUGGGCUAGGCCGACAGCACAGUCACAGCCUGCAUCACAGCUCCACGCGAGAUGGGAGCUAUCAGAGCACGCCAGAUGAACAGUUGAGCAUCAGUGUAGGUGGGCUGAUGGGUGGACGGGCACCCAGUGAAAGCGACCUGAGUUCCAAUAUCAGCGACGAUGUUCUAGUCACACCUGGCAACAAAUUGAAUGGCUUGCCCAUUCAGACGAGCGGUUCGCUGGUUUCCACCGACAAUGAGGUGAGUUUUGUGAAUGUUCUGGAGGAGGAAAAGUCGAGUCUGGUCCGCGAGGAACUGCUAGCUGACUUCAGUGAUGAGGAGCGCACUGCUAUACUCAAGAUACCUGCUGCGGCUAAUCCAGAAGACCUGCUUCUCUUGGCACAGCUCUGUCGCAUGGGGUAUCUGAGGGGUUGCCAUCAUUUGGAGGAGAUAAUGUACUUGGAAAAUAUCAGACGUUCCCAGCUUCUUCAGUUGUUGGACAAGUUCCGUGAUGUUCUGGUCACUUGUGAGACUGAGGAUCCUGCUAUUGCACUGUUCUACUCUCAUUCCUACACCUGAGGGAGCGUACAAGCACCAAGGACAUUCACCCAUUCCAUAGGUUGAUAACGAGAACUUUUAGGUAUAAAUAUGGUUGUCCUGGAAUGUUGGAUUAAUAUGUAUUGAAAUGGUACAGAUGCAUUUAUCAAGUUAUUUGUUACAGAUACAAAGUUGAUUAGAGUUGUUUUACAAAAUGCAAAUAAUUUCAGUGAGUCAAUUUAACUGUAUAAAAAUAAAAGUAAAAGUAAAACUGUC